ACAAUGAAUUUUAAAUAGUUAGAACCCGCCUACUCAGGCGCACUAGUUAGGGUACACACUUACUGUUUCUGUGGGACAUGAAAUAGUACACUAUGGCGAUUACGGCGCUAUUUGAGACCGAGCCUGGGAAACCGCUCAUGAUUACUGGGCGUCAAAAACAGUGAUGUUUUAGGUGUAAGUGCAAAUGGGUCGACAAGAAUGGAUAAAUAUUAUGAUACACUUCCAGGCGCGGUGUCGCGGGUAUUUGAUGAGGACAGAGCUGAAGAGUGUCCAGGCUGAGUAUGAGGACAUAGUGAGGGAGCUGGAGGGAGCAGUGGAGCACCUGAGCUGGAGAGGACACGUCAUCCCCAAACCUCACUUCACUGAGGCUAACUUAGACGGUGAAUUUUCCAGAUAUCAGUGGCCAAAAGAUGUUGAGGAAGCGACGGUGCAGGAUGAAACACCUUGCCUUCACUCCAAGGUCCUGGUCCCAGAGAGGGAUGAACCAAGUUGUGGCUCAGAGAGAGACUGCAGGGGGGUCAGUGGACCACCAGGGGGCGACACAGAGCAAGAGGGAGAGCAGAGAGACAGUGGAGAUGAAUCUGCUGCAUUGGCUCUACAGAUGAGCAACAGUAUACCACAGCAUGCUCCCCCGAUGCGUACUCUGCUGAAAGAUAUAGCACACACUCCUGACGCUCUGAAGCAGCACAGAAACACUCUAGCCAUGGAGCUGCUGUGGAUCCAACAGGCCAUCGCCAGCAGGAAGAAAUAUCUGACCCUGAAGCAGAAGUUGGAAACGUCAUAGCGAGUGAGGACCUCAUGAAAGAUUGGACGUUUUAGUGUUUUACCUUCACAAAGGUUUAAUUGGACACGAAUGCGACCUUCUGACCUUUCCUCAUUGUCUUUUUAUUUCGGCUGUACAAAAAAAAAAAAAAAAAAGAAUGAUUGUAAUAAUGAAUGUAAAGCGUGACGCUGUGCCUAUUUAUUUCAUAUUGAAUUUUAUGAAGAUAACAUUUAAUAAAUGCUAUUUAUUUUGGAA